AUGGAUCGGGAUAUGGUGAACAUGUUUGCCAUUGCUGCAGGGACUCUUGCAAUCCCUCUGCUUUUAUUCAUGGCCUCAUUUUUGCUGUGGCCAUCAUCACUCAUCAAAGUCUACUACUGGUACUGGAGGAGAACAUUAGGCAUGCACGUACGCUAUGCAGACUGUGGAGGUUAUCGCUUCUCUUACUCAUGCAGAGGGAAACCAGGCCUCAGGCCCUCUAUGCUGAUGCUUCAUGACUUCUCUGCUCAUAAAGACACAUGGCUUCAGAUGGUGAAGUAUCUCCCUAAACAUCUCCAUCUGCUGUGUGUCGAUAUGCCAGGCCACGAGGGAACAACACGUACUGACACGGAGGACUAUUCAAUCCAUAGUCAAGUCAAAAGAAUACGACAGUUUGUAGAGGCAGUUCGACUGAACAGGAAACCCUUCCACCUGGUGGGCAUUUCAAUGGGUGGGACUGUGGCGGGAGUUUAUGCAGCCUGUUAUCCCUCAGAUCUGUGCAGUAUGACCCUCAUCUGCCCAGCUGGACUAAAGAACCAAAAUAAAAGCAAGUUUGACAUUCAAAUGGAUGAUGUGGAGCAGAGCCAGUACACACUGAACAUUCCACUUAUUCCCUCCAGUCCAGAGGAGAUGGAGGAGAUGCUGAAACUCUGCUCUCAUGUGCGAUUCAGAGUGCCUGAACAGAUUCUUCAAGGCCUGGUAGAUGUACGGAUACCGCACAAUGACUUUUAUCAUGAGCUUUUCAUGGAAAUUAUGGGUGAAAGAUCUAAAUAUGCCUUGCAUGACCAUGUACAACAAAUAACCACCCCUUUGCAGAUUAUCUGGGGCAAACAAGACCAGGUUGUGGAUGUGUCUGGGGCAGCUUCGCUCAAAGAGGCUCUUCCGGGCUCCCGUGUUGAUCUGCUGGAUAACUGUGGCCAUUCUGUAGUGAUGGAGCGGCCACGUCAAACAGCCAAACUCAUUUUCGAUUUUAUCAUCUCUCAGCAAGGCACAGAAAAUGCCAGCGCAAAGAAAAAAUCCUGA